UUUGUAAUUUUUCUGAUGGGACUGCCUUGUUUGUGUUUUUCUUUUCAUUGUAGGCCAUCCAUAAUUCCUGGACCUGCUCCUGAUGAAAUAGUUGUUCCAGCCACCGAGUCUGUUGGGGUAAAACUGCUCUUGAAGAUGGGAUGGAGUCGUAGUCGCUCAAUCAAGGAUUCACAUUCUGAUGCUCUGUAUGAUGCCAGGAGACAGGCCCGUAGAGCUUUUUUAGCAUUUUCUUCUGAUGAUCCAGCAGUAAAAAUUACCGAGUCUGAGCUUAUCAAGGGUGAUAGUGAAAAUUUUCCUGAGCAGCUUGUAGAUGAUGAUCAGUUUUCUAAGAGCACACCGGUGAGGAGGAGUUUCUAUUACCAAUCAUACAUAAGUGUUGUAUAUUUCUUAUAUGGUUAUAUUCUUAUAGCAUGGUUGAAUGUUUAUUUCAUUUUCAAUAUGCUUUUUGGGGAUUGUAAUGUCUAGGGGUGGGUAUACGGACCGGUCCGGCCCGUUUAAGGCCCGGUCCGUAAAACCCGUGUUUUAUACAAGCCGGAUAAGUCCGGUCCGUAUAUUAAAUGGACUUAUUUUUUAAGUCCGUAUCCGGCCUGCCAAAAUCCGCGGAUAACGGACCAGUCCGCGGGCCUAAAUAAUAGUUCAAAAAAAUAAAUUUUAAAAAAAAAAUACAUAAAAUUGGAAGAAAAA